CAUCAACGCGUGAUAAAAUGAAGCGGCUAUGAGGGGCCACUGACUAGGCAACUGACCAACCAGCCGCGCGAUACGCAUCCACACGCACGGGUGGAAAUUAAAUUAGCGGCUUCGAUUGAGUAUCCCGCGGGCCACGCACCCGUAGAUCACCGGCCGGUUCCCCCGAGAGAGUGUCGGCUGGCGAGGCCGACGACGGUGGUGGCGGUGACGGCUAGUUAGGAGAGCAAUCGAGUAACGGUGGCGGUACCGUUUGGAAAAUCAACGACAACGGUUCGAGGCUUCUAGAAGAAUACACGGUGGCCGGAGUGACGGCCACGGAAAACUGCCAGACGAUUCGUGCGAGACGCUGCGGAACGCGACUGCAGAUUUGCGGUGAGAUCUCCUUUGCAUAAACAAUGGCAGCGUUACCACGAAGGAUUAUUAAAGAAACUCAAAGAUUAAUGCAAGAGCCAGUUCCUGGUAUCAGUGCGGUACCAGAUGACACAAAUGCUAGGUAUUUUCACGUAAUAGUAACGGGACCUGAAGAUUCGCCAUUUGAAGGUGGACUGUUUAAGCUCGAAUUGUUCCUACCAGAAGAUUAUCCAAUGUCCGCACCUAAAGUUAGAUUCAUUACAAAAAUAUAUCAUCCAAAUAUAGACAGAUUGGGUAGAAUUUGCUUGGAUAUUCUCAAGGACAAGUGGAGUCCGGCACUCCAAAUCAGAACAGUACUGCUGUCUAUACAAGCACUUCUAAGUGCGCCAAAUCCCGAUGAUCCAUUGGCAAAUGAUGUAGCUGAACUUUGGAAAGUCAACGAAAGCGAAGCGAUACGUAAUGCCAAAGAAUGGACUCGAAGAUACGCUAUGGACAACUGAUCUCAGCCUUGUCAGAUCGCCCACGACAAAGCAAAGCGAUGUUAUUCCUACCUUUCCCAGACUUUUGAUCACCUUACCCGCACCAAUUGCGUAUCCGGCACCUGUGUCCACAAUUUUGCUAUAAAAAUAAUAAAAGUUUUGUAAGAGUAAAACAGAAUGGGAUAUUUUCUAUAUAUCGUAGGGGAAUGCAAACUACUGUUGGAUUUAUUCAAUCGCUCAUUGAGAAACUGCGUAAAUAUCUUCCUAUAUUAAUAUUGCGCAUCUGCAAAAGAAAGCCUCCCUCCCGUGAAAAUGACGAGAUAUGUUACGAGUUUGAAAUUGUAUCAAGCAAAAAAAUAUGCGACAUACAAUUUCUUCAUUGUAUAGCUACGAAAUCUGUACAAUUUGCAAUUUGUACUUUUCUCCUAAUAUGUUAUUUAAUAAUGGAAUUGAAAGGUUUGUUUUAACAUAUAAAUUUUUUUCUUAAGAAACUAGUUUAUCAUAUAUACUAACUGGUUAUCUGUCUAAUACACAAUAGAUUUAAGUAUUCCACCAUAUUUAGAAUAGAAAAAAUGGUAAGAAGGAGCAUUAUAAAAUUACACGAGCUAUUAUUUAUCAUAUGUCUUAUAUCAAAGAAGCUACGAACAUUUUCAAUCUAUGAAAACUUAACCGUCUUCUGACGUCCGCAGCUAUUUUAUUGAUGGAAUCUGAGGUGUGGAAAGUUGUUAUAAUAAAAGCUUUUUAAUUUUCAAUAUACGAUAAAAAAGAGAAAUACAUUUUCGAAUAUAUUUGGUUUGCUCCAAAGAGAAGGGCUACAAGUGAAUAGAAAUCUUCCAUUAUUAUGUUAGUGAUAAUUGCCAAUUAAUUGCUUAAUAUGUAAAUAUAAGUAAGAAUAGAAAAGUUCUUUAUUGUCUUAUAAUAAACGAAUUCUAUUUAUUAAGAUAUGAGUACAUAUAAUAAUAAAUUCCUUUGUAGAGAAAAUCAGUCCCCGUAUGUAAAAAUUCUUCUUUUACGACGAUUGCUUACGCGGAGAACGAUGUAAAAUAAUAUAACAGUUGUGCAUAAAUAUUUUCCAUUUGCUAAGAUUUUAACUAUUAUAGCAAGAAUUAAUGUAUGCAAAAAUAGCUAAAUUUACACAUAUUGCACAUUGUGUAAUUAAACAAAUAGCAGAGUAAUAGGAACAAUAUCUUUAUAACAAGGUGAUUGCAAAGGAAUAGUGCAUAUAACGAUAGAAAAAAAUAUUUAACAUACCAUUGGUUUAAUAAAUUAUAAUAAAACUAACGUCAGUGAUUUUUAUCUAACGUACGUUUUAUUACAACCAUAUGAGAACAAAAAUACAACCAGUUGGUAUAUAAAUAUCUUGUGAAAAAUGGGAAUUAUGAGCCUUUUUUACUAAUUGUUACAAUAGGGAGGUUUUCUGUAAUCUAAGGACACGGGGAUAGGUUAAAACAAUUGUAGAUAAUCUGCAAUAAUAAAGAGAUUAUUAUUAA